AUGCUUUUGGAAGUGCUGAACCCAAGGCAUUACAAUGUCACCAGCAUGGUGUCCGAAGUUGUGCCUAUUGCCAGCAUUGCAAUCCUGCUGCUCACUGGAUUUCUUCUCUUGGUUUGGAAUUAUGAGGACACAUCCUCAAUACCAGGUCCCAGCUACUUUCUGGGAAUUGGGCCCCUCAUUUCCCACUGCAGGUUCCUCUGGAUGGGGAUCGGCAGUGCCUGCAAUUACUACAACAAGAUGUAUGGAGAAUUCAUGAGAGUCUGGGUAUGUGGAGAGGAAACCCUUAUUAUUAGCAAAUCCUCAAGUAUGUUCCAUGUAAUGAAGCACAGUCACUACAUAUCCCGAUUUGGCAGUAAACUUGGGUUGCAGUUCAUCGGCAUGCACGAGAAAGGCAUCAUAUUUAACAAUAAUCCAGCACUCUGGAAAGCUGUUCGACCUUUCUUUACAAAAGCUUUGUCCGGCCCUGGCCUGGUGCGCAUGGUGACCAUCUGUGCCGAUUCCAUUACCAAGCAUCUGGACAGGUUGGAGGAGGUCUGCAAUGACUUGGGCUAUGUGGACGUGUUGACCCUCAUGCGGCGCAUCAUGCUGGACACCUCUAACGUGCUCUUCCUGGGGAUCCCCUUGGAUGAAAGUGCCAUCGUGGUUAAAAUCCAGGGGUAUUUUGAUGCAUGGCAAGCUCUCCUUCUCAAACCAGACAUCUUCUUUAAGAUUUCUUGGCUGUGCAGAAAGUAUGAAAAGUCUGUCAAGGACUUGAAAGAUGCCAUGGAAAUUCUCAUAGAAGAAAAAAGACACAGGAUUUCAACAGCAGAGAAGCUGGAAGACUGCAUAGAUUUCGCCACUGAGUUGAUUUUUGCCGAGAAACGUGGUGAACUUACAAGAGAGAAUGUAAACCAGUGCAUAUUGGAAAUGCUGAUCGCAGCGCCAGACACCAUGUCUGUUUCUGUGUUCUUCAUGCUAUUUCUCAUUGCAAAGCAUCCCCAGGUUGAAGAGGCAAUAAUGAGGGAAAUCCAGACUGUUGUUGGUGAAAGAGACAUAAGGAUUGAUGAUAUGCAAAAGCUAAAAGUGGUAGAAAACUUUAUUAAUGAGAGCAUGCGGUACCAGCCUGUUGUGGACCUGGUCAUGCGCAAAGCCUUAGAGGAUGAUGUCAUUGAUGGCUACCCGGUGAAAAAGGGGACUAACAUUAUCCUGAAUCUUGGAAGAAUGCACAGACUCGAGUUUUUCCCAAAGCCUAAUGAAUUUACUCUUGAAAAUUUUGCCAAGAAUGUUCCUUACAGGUACUUUCAGCCAUUUGGCUUUGGGCCCCGGGCCUGUGCGGGAAAGUACAUCGCCAUGGUGAUGAUGAAGGUCAUCCUGGUCACCCUUCUGAGACGCUUCCACGUGCAGACUUUGCAAGGUCGGUGUGUUGAGAAGAUGCAGAAGAAAAAUGACUUAUCCUUGCAUCCAGACGAGACCAGCGACCGGCUGGAAAUGAUUUUCAUCCCGAGAAAUUCAGACAAGUGCCUCGAGCGCUAA